AUGAACGAUGGGCGUCUUCGCAGCGGCGACAUGCUCCUCCGCAUCGGCGCCGUCUGCGUGGUGGGCAUGUGCGCGCGGCAGGCGGCGGCGGUGCUUAGACAAUGCGGAGCUUGCGUGCGGCUACUGGUCGCUCGACCGGCUCCCAUGCCCAAGCAGGUGGCGGCGGUGCUGCGGCAGUGCGGCGCCUGCGUGCGACUACUGGUGGCUCGACCCGCUCCCAUGCCCAAGCAGCGGCUCCGCAUCGGCGCCGUCUGCGUGGUGGGCAUGUGCGCGCGGCAGGCGGCGGCGGUGCUUAGACAAUGCGGCGCCUGCGUGCGGCUACUGGUGGCCCGACCGGCUCCCAUGCCCAAGCAGUCGCUCGGAGCGUCACCAGCGCCGGUGGUGCCGUCGCGUCUGUUGGCCGACCCCGUGGAGCUGGAGCGGCGCCUGGCCGAGGCCGGCCACGACGGCUUCGGCGCGCUGUGCGAGGACGCCGCGCCCGCCUCCCCUCCGCCUACCUUCAUUGAGGAGCGGCUGCAUCACCGACCGGUGGCGUCGAUCGUGGCGGUGGUGCCCCGUGGCGCGCUGGCGCCGGCGCCGCGCCCGCCGCCGCUCAUCAUAGCGCCGGUUGAGCCCAAGCAGCCGCCCAUGAGGUUACCCCUGGACAUGGCGGUGCGAGGGACCGGCGAGCCGGAGACUUUGAGCUACCAGGUGGAGCUCAGCAAGGACUCCGCUCUCGGGCUCGGCAUCACCGUGGCUGGAUACGUGUGCGAACAAGAGGAGCUGAGUGGCAUCUUCGUAAAAAGCAUCAGCGAGGGCAGCUCCGCCGACCUCUGCGGCAAGAUACAGGUCAACGACAGGAUUGUAGAGGUGGACGGGGUUUCCCUGCACGGGGUGACGAACCAUAGAGCUGUGGCGUUACUAAGAGACGCAAAGGGGCCGGUGGUGCGGCUAAAAGCAUUACGGUACUUACGUGGGGCGGGGUUUGAGAAGCUUCAGAAGGCUUUAGCAGCGCAGGACGGGCGCCGUUCCCCCCUCGCGCCCCCCUCUCCCUCCGUCACUUCUCUGGCCAAAUAUAGUUUUAGCGUGUACGACGAAUCAACAGUAAUAGAAGUGGAGCCCGAGUCUGAGAUCCAGCCUCACCUCCCCUCCCCAACCUCCCCUUCGGAGGAGGCGGAAAUCGUCAUCGGGAGGGACGACGACGCGCCCGAGAGGGAGGCGCGUCGUAUACAGGACAAGUGGCGGGACAUACUCCAGAACGAACAUGACUGGCCGGGACAUCAGCAUCACUACGAAAUUAUUGUCGGCACAAUAAUGAAAGAGAAGGACAGCGGGCUAGGCAUCUCGCUCGAGGGCACUGUACGGGUAGUCGCCGGCAAGGAGGUGCAAGCGCGCCAUUACAUCAGAGCCAUCGCGCCCAACGGGCCGGUCGCUAAGCUGGGCCUGCAUAAAGUGGGCGAUGAGCUGUUGGAGUGUCGUCAGAUCAAGUCCUACUCGUGGCAGUGGGCCGCUGUAAACAGGCUGUUUGGAAAGGUCAAGCUCCAGAAGUGGUGUUUGCAUUAG